AUUUGUUUUUUUUUUAAUUUGUUUUCGUUUAUUAAAUUUUCUAAGUUACACACGUUUUCUUCAUGUUUAAAUUGUUGCCUAGUUAUUGCUUCAGACGAUAGAAUAAGUUUUGAAUGUAUUGUAAUAUUAUUAUAAUUCGAAGGACCUAAUUAAGAAAUAAAAUAAUUAUGGUAAUAGCUGAAGACAUGAGCAAACCAAUAUUAAAAGUAUCAGUUUCUGAUUCUUCAAGUGCUGAGGAGGAAGAUAUAGAAACAGAUGUAGAAAGUAGUGACGAAAAUUUACAAGAUGGGACGUUAAUAACAAAUGAGGGUUGGGCAGACUCGGUUGCAAAGAUUCUUGGUUCUACAAAACCGAAAAAUAAAAAAACAUUAGUAUUGUCAAGAGCAAAAAAACAUUCACAGUUGAUAAAAAGUACAAAUGAGGAGAAACCAGCUUUUGAAAUCAUUGGAGACAGUAAAGAGACAGAAAAAGAAGUCAAGAAGGAUUUGUUACCAUCAGAGCCACCUCAAAAAAAGCCCAAACAUGAAAAACCAUCAAUAAGAGUGAAACCAAACAUACUAGAAAAAGAUAGGGAGAGAUUACUUUCAAAAAUUGCUACAAAGGGUGUGGUGCAAUUAUUUAAUGCUGUAAGAAAUCAACAGAAGUCAUUAGAUAAACAAUUAAAUAGAAGUGACCUACCAGAAGCAAAAAAAGAAAAAAUUAUAAAAAAGUUUGACAAAAGAGCAUUCCUCGAUACUCUUAUGGGUCAGACUAAGUCAAUAGUAGUAGAUGAGGUGACUAAAAACCCUCUAAAAGAUGAAGUUAAAGAAGAGGAUAAUGUACCUAAGUGGAAUGCCUUAAGGGAUGAUUUUAUGAUGGGUGCAAAAAUGAAAGAUUGGGACAAAGAAGCAGUAGAGGAAUAAAACACAAAAAUGUUUGUUAUUUACCAUUUUAAUAAAUAAGUAUACAAUUAUUAA